AUGCCGUCCGCACCCCCACCCCCACCACACUCCUUUUACACCUUGCUAGCGACGUUCCUCGCGUUCCCGCUGCACGCGCCGCUGACGCUGCUCGUCCUCGACGCGCCCUUUGGCAAGUUUGCGUGGGACGGGUCGUGGUUGAAUGUCCACGGCAACACCGCCUGGGUCGUGAUGGAGGCUGUUUCCCCCAUGACGUUCCUGUUCAACUUGGACACGGCGCGCCUCUCGCCGCGGGCCACGCUCCUCACGGCCCUGUACUUUGCGCAUUACACGCACCGGUCGGUCGUCUCGCCCGUGUUCUUGGCGCCAAAGCGCGCGCCGCUGCAUGUCAUCGUGGUUGCGGCCGGCGUGUUUUUCAAUUAUCUCAACGCGACUCUCCUCGCACACGCGCUCGUCUCGUUCCCGCCGCCGGGAGGAUGGCGGUUUAUGGCUGGGAUCGUCAUCUGGGCACUCGGGUUUGUCGGUAAUGCAUACCAUGACGAGAUCCUGCACGACCUUCGUCGUCCCGCUGGCCAGCGCCUCGUGUCUACCCCGAGCGAUGACCCACGGGACACCGCCAAGGGUGGACGAUACAGGAUCCCCCGUGGAGGCCUGUUUGCAUUGGUGUCGUUUCCGAACUACCUGUGCGAGUGGCUCGAAUGGUCCGGCUUCGCCCUGGCGGCCACGCCCAGCAUGUUCAUUGCCGUGCCCACGACAUACACUGUGCCACUCGCACUGCCUUUUGGCUGGCGAUUCCCCGCCUACCUCCUGGCUGCGCCGUGGGCGUUCGUCCUGGCUGAAGUCACGAGUAUGCUGCCCAGAGCGGUGAGGGGCCACGCAUGGUAUCGUGCCACGUUUGCAGGGUAUCCCAAGAAUAGAAGGGCGGCUGUGCCAUGGCUCAUUUAG